AUGGUUGUCAAGUUUGAUCUAGAUCGUUUUCAACAACAGGAUAACGAAAGCUACAACAAAAAUGAUCCAAAAAAUGGGAAAAAUGAUACCGACCAAGUGAUUCUGAGUACUGACGACGAAAGUGUAUUUGAAUUUUCUUUUAUUGCCAAGGAAAAUGAAAGAAGUCCCAAAAGCUUAUUAAGACUGUACUCAGAACUGACAGAAAGGGAACCCUCAAUCUCUUUAUCUGAAUUGAAUCUGGAGAUCAGAUAUCUGUUAGAUGAGUUAGAAGAUAUGGCAAACAAGUUCAGUUUGUUGCAAAGGAUUUCAAUUUAUUUAGUGCCCCUGCUUGCUAAACUGAAUAAAUUAUUGAAAAGAUAUGAUGUUUUUGAUACUGAAAUAAUUGAAAAUCAACAUGACAUUCGUCAAUUUCAAUUAAUAAGCGUUGAAAUUAUUCAAGAGGUUUUCCUAUAUGAACAAGAAAAUAUUAUUAUGAAAAUGAAAGAUAUUGACCAAAUAACAGAAAGUUAUUCUGGCAAGUAUAUCAAAAGCUAUGGAACGAAAAUAAUGCCUCAAAAAUACAGUAUCACUCAGAAAUGGAGACCGCUCAAUCAUUUCUCUGACUUACUUUUAGAAGAAUUGAAUUUUGAAAUAAAUUCCAUUCCUGAAGGAAUAAGACAUAACCGAUUACCCAAGGAUACCAUUCAUGAGUGUGAACUUUUUAAAAUUAUACUAGCCAACACUUCACUAGAAAUAACUCGAACUUUCAUUCUUUUGUUCAAUAUUCUCUUUGCACAAAACCCCGGAAAGUUGAAAUUUAUAAAAAAUGAAUUACUUAUCCAAUUUCUGGAACAAACAAUAUGCUAUUCGAUAAGAUUGAAUAUUUGUGAGUUCUUAUUAGGAAUCACUGAUAUCUUUAAGCAAUGGAUGAGCCGAGAAAUAAUUCCAAAUUCACCAAUGUAUGCUUGGAUUAAGAAUAUCCAAGUAAAGCUUGAACACCAAAGACAACAGGAAAUAAAAAAUGGGAGAGAAAUGUAUGGAGAAGAAUACGAAGACUUAGAUGAUAUCUUAAUUAGUACAAGAUGGGAUAAUUGUAUCACAUUUACUAACGCGCUAUUGGAAACGUGUUGUUCACCUAAAAUAAAUAUAAAAUUUAAAGAAUUGUCUUUUCAGACAACUUUUGAAACCAGAUUAUUUGACCUGAUGUUGGAAAACGAACAAUCUCAGAGUAUUAUACCCUCUCAACCAAAUCGUAAAGAACCAUCGAAGAAGAAAGAAAACCAACCAACUGUUGCUAAGGCGAAUUUCCUGAAAGAGUGGAUAAAUGGCAGACAACUUAGAAUUGCAGAAGAAUGUAGAAGGUACAGAACAAAACUUGAAGAGUUUUUAAGCAAGAGCAAACAUAGUUCCAAUGAUAAUGGGGACACCUCCCUCCUGAUCGAGGCAUCCUCGGGUGCUAAAACCUUAAACACCACUACAAACCCGCCGCAACUAAGGAAACGGAAGAGAUAUUUCGAGAAACUAUUUAAAGCUGUUUAA